AUGGUUUCGGUUGGAUCAUCAGUUACGAAUUGGGAGUUUAUGGUAGACUGCCCGUUUUUUGUUCCCAGCAACAAACAGACAGCGGCAGCGGGGCAGUUGGUAUCAAUUCUCGACGUGACUAACCCUGGCUUUGAUGUCUAUUGCUAUGGGCCGAUCAUGGGAGAUCUUCCUCAACGUAUGGGCAAUCAUCGUGCUUUGGACGCCGCCAUAACAGCAUUCAACAAUACUGCCAACUGUGCGCCAAAGAAUCAGAUGACUAUCAAAGCACAAAGAAGCUACGGCGCAGCGCUGAGUGCCCUACAAAAAUGCUUGCUAGACCCAAAAACCGCAUACACAGCGGAUACGCUUGCUGCUAUUCACCUCAUUAUUGUCUGUAAUGGAUGGAUGCAGCAAAGAGGCGACAAAAAUCCAAACCAUGGCGAAGGGAUACUGCACCUUAUGAACAACCUGGUGACCGAUAAAUCUGGGGACGAAUUUCUUCUCAAGUCCAUUAUUACCGCCACCGGAGCCUUGAUACGCGAAAGCAUAUUUGACCCAACAAUCGAUGUACAGCCUUGGAUUCGCAGACUCUCUACAUUGAGCAAACAGAAUAACUCACCAAUAGCAAAAGCAGCCCUGAACAAGUUUACAGCCGCCGGGUUUCCCCUCAAGAGCUCGAGAUACGAAACUUUGGCCACACUUCCUGUCAUAAUCCGCAACCCAGACAACUACAUCGAGCAAACAGAGAGCAUGUAUGACACAUUUAGAGACGAAUAUGCGGAACUGAAAGUGUACGAACAGGAGAAAUUCCCAACAGGCAAAGACGACUACCAAAGCCCGGUAGCGUUCUUGAGCUACAUCCGUGCCAAAACCAUAUUUCAAGAGGCACAGUGUCUAGUUUUGGCCCUCUGCAUUGUAUUUAAUGCAUUGCUGAGCGACUCGCGUCCCGAUGAUGCCGCUCUGGAAAAGGAGCGCGUUGCCUUUUGUGCCGACGCCGUCAUAGCAGCAGAGGAGUGCAAAAUCGGACGGCCGUUUGGAGCUCUUCAGGUGCCCAUUGUCACCAUUGCCGCGUGGCUAUCGUCAAAGGAUAACGCACAAAAGGAUACAUUGUUAUCAUUGUUGGACGAAUAUCAAGGCACCUUUGCGAUGCAUCAUUUUCUGCGACAGGUAUCCAAGUGGAAAGAUGCACCUAGACGACUAAAGGAGUUGCCAUGGUUCCCAAUUAGAAACGACGCGGUGUGUAUCAGUCAAGACGGCACGGGAGACAAAGCAAAGAUUGAGAAGAAGGAGGAUGCGCCGUCCGAAGAGAACUGCGAAAAGUGUUGCAUUUUGUAG